AAUUAACUGAAGACAAAAUGGCGGCUGGCGUGGAGGAUAUACCUGUAGUGAAGCAUUCUGUCCACACUUUGAUAUUCCGCUCCUUGAAAAGGACACACGACAUGUUCCUUUCUGAGGAAGGACAUCCGAUGCAAGAAGAUCCUAAGGCGCUGAGGAUUAAGAUUGCUUCUAAAAUUGAAGACGAACACAAAAUUGUUAAAGAUAUGCCUCCGCCUACUGAAGCAGUUAGUAAAGCGACUGCUAAAAUCCUGCCAGGAAAAACCACAUUGCCUCAAGAACAAGUUAAAGUGUUGACUGGCCACGCCUACCCAUCAGCUCCCGGCGUUGAAUUGAGUUCAGGUACAGCUGCAACUCACAGACCACUGAGUAAGGAAGGGAUACAUAAUGUGAUUGAAGAAGUGACCAAUCAAAAGAGAGAUACUCCGACUGGUGCUUCACUGGCUGACAUACAUACUGGUAGAUCAGAUUCACAAGCGGUUGUAUUAAGUGCUGGUACUAAACAGCUGGUGCCUCGUAAAGCUCCAGUCUCCAUAAAGCCACAGUGGCACCCACCAUGGAAACUAAUGAGAGUUAUCAGUGGUCACCUAGGUUGGGUCAGAUCAAUAUCUGUUGAUCCAAGUAAUGAAUGGUUUGCUACUGGGAGUGGAGAUAGAACUAUCAAGCUGUGGGAGUUGUCCAGUGGUCGUUUAAAGCUCACCCUAACUGGUCACAUUAGCUCAGUGCGAGGUCUUGCAGUGUCACCACGACAACCUUACCUCUUCAGCUGUGGCGAGGAUAAACUAGUCAAGUGCUGGGACCUUGAACAAAACAAAGUGAUUAGACAUUAUCAUGGUCAUUUGAGUGGAGUAUAUUGUAUCUCGUUACAUCCAACAAUUGAUGUACUAGUGACAGCUGGGAGAGACGCUUCAGCUAGGGUUUGGGACAUGAGGACCAAAGCUUGCAUUCAUACAUUGAGUGGUCAUACCAACACAAUAGCAUCUUUAUUCACUCAGGGGGUGGAGCCUCAGAUUGUGACAGGGAGCCAUGACUCUACCAUAAGAUUUUGGGAUUUAGCAGCUGGAAAGACGACCUGCAUAUUGACGCAUCAUAAGAAAUCAGUUAGAGCUAUGGUCAACCAUCCAGAAGAGUUCACUUUUGCCUCUGCCUCUCCUGAUAACAUUAAACAGUGGAAGUUCCCUGAUGGGACUUUCCUACAGAAUCUCUCCGGCCAUCAAUCAAUAAUUAAUACUUUAUCAGCUAACUCCGACAAUGUGUUAAUGUCUGGAGCUGAUAACGGUACUAUGCAGUUCUGGGACUGGAGAAGUGGUUAUUGUUUCCAGAAGCUCCAGUCUCUGGCCCAGCCUGGAUCCCUGGACAGCGAGACUGGGAUAUUUGCUUCGUCUUUUGACAUGAGCGGCUGCAGAUUGAUCACUGGAGAAGCUGACAAGACAAUCAAAAUAUACAAAGAAGAUGAGACAGCUACUGAAGAGACACAUCCUGUUGAAUGGAAGCCGCAAAUUUUACGAAAGAAAAGAUUCUAAAUUUUAAAAACUUUCAUUUUCACUAAAACAAUGUUAUUAUUGUCAUUG